AUGACUUCGACCCAGCUGCCACCGCUCGACUUCAACGAAGGCGGACUUCGUAUUGUCCUGCUGCCCGAAGUUGAGAACAUGUCGUCUCCGCUCUCUCCGCUCUCCCCCGACUAUCAUCAGAGCAAGGAGCCUCUUUCGAUGAAUACCACUUUGAGCUCUGCUCGAUACUCUGAACAUGACCAACAUGCUCGAGACUCCGAAUCUGACGAUGACCUUGAGGUGGAUGUGGACGAGAUUGAGCAUGAUUCCGAUUCGACGCCGCCACCACCACCACCACCACCAGCGAUUCCAAUUCACCCCAUUCCUGCUUUACAGGAUGCGUUCGCCGAAUCGUUAAAUGAGGUCAUGAGCGGUAUUGCGGUUGAGAAGCCUAAAUUGAGGGCGCUGGACGCCCAGGGACGCAGAGAGGCUGUGCUUGACCAAGGCAAAGAUGAGCCUGCCCUUGAUGCCAUGUGGAGGCUCCGACCUGGCCAGACCCAACAUGAACUGGGCAAGCUGGUUGCUCAAAUCUCGUUUGGUGUGUAUUUGAUGCUGAACGGGAUGGCCAAUGAUAACACACAAGUGGUCAACAUUCUUCAAGGUCACAUCGACGAGGUGGAUGAGUUUCUCGAAGUCACAAUCGAAGAUCUUGAGGAAGUAGAGGCGGAUCUGAAAAGGCGCAUUGACCAUUUGAUGCUUCCCAUGUCCAACGCCACCGUGUUCGAACAGCUGCUAGAAGAUCACAAAUUCCGGACCGAAAUACUCCAAGGCAACGAGAAGAUUGAGCACAUCCUCGCAAGAACCAAUGUGUCAAUGAAGCAAUGGGACGACGACAUUGAAGCCGGUCUACACACCAGCAACAUCUUCAUCAAUUGGUUGAAUGAGAAUGCUGAAGGCACAUGGCGAUCGGGCCUGCCAGACGUUAACGACAUUUUCGAUGCCAUGAGCGGCAAUGCAGAAGGGUGGCUUAUUGCAUUUGAGAAAAUCAGCGAUAGUGCUCAGGACAUCAACAGUCUCAUCAUUCGGCUGAUGAACAUAAUAUCUGAGAUGGAAAAGAAGGCCGGUGAAGCUAGCCGACGGACAUGGGCGAGCAUUGCACCCCCCAUGUCUAAUAUUCCUGAAGAAUCUAUACCCAUGGAUCUCCAUGUUAUAACAGAGGAUUAUAGUCGAAGAUCCAGUACUCAAGAUAGCGUCCGCAGUGGCUCUACAGAAAAUAGACCGGCUAGCUCUAUAAUCGAUGAUGAUACCAGCACUAUUGAUUUUCCUCUACCUGGCGGCCUACCCUUACUUCCACCGUUCAAGUCUUCUCGUCAUACUUCGAACACUUUCGGCUUCGGCAGCCCUCAGACGGCAACUAAGAAAUCCGGCUUCGAUAGUCCUCAAAGUGCUCAAUAUACCCCUCAGUCUGCCGCAGGUACCUUUGGUGUCACCAGUCCACAGACAAUGCAAAUCCACUUCCGCCAAGACAGCCAAGACUCGUCGGCCAUGAAAUUCGAGGACAGCGAUCCGGAAACAGAGAUAGGCCACGAAGACGAGCCGGUGUUCCUUCUUCAGCCGCGAACCUAUACCCCGCAGCCUCCUGCACCGUUGCCCUCGCCUCUUAUCAAAGAUGAGGCGGGCCACAAUGCUCGAUCAGGAUCACAGUCGACGAUUCCAUCCUUUCCCUCUACACCGAUCUCUCCUGCAGAUAGUCGGCCUUUGAGUGCUGUCGUACAGAGAAGGACAUCUCUCCGCGACCGUGUAUCCCAAAAGAUGAUGCCCCCAGGUGAUAUUCAGAUUCCGGUAAGGUCUCUUAGAGGCAUGGAAAAAUACGCUGCUUCACCCGGUACCACCACGCCGCAGACUAUGAGAUCUCAUCACUUUGAUUCAGCAUAUGAGUCUGAUGCGGAAAGCCAUGGGCGCCAUCCAUCUGGAAGCUCCAGCAACAUGACAAUGUCCCCUCCGCAACUCAAUGUCGUACCCUCUCCGCGCUCGGAUCGGCAAAGAUACUAUCACCCUGUGCAAGCGUCGCCACAUUCACCACUUCAGCAGAGACCCCAUACUGCUGUUGGACAUGGCCAUUCUUCCUAUCACCAAGGCCAUUCCUCAUUGGCGCCGCCUGCUUUGAGCGGCUUGAGCAAGGUUACUUCCGCAAACUAUGAAGACGGGACCUCGCAAAGCGUACGAACCACACGAACCACACGAACCACCAAAACUGUGGAUAAGCAGCUUAAGAAGAAGAAGAGUGCCUUUGGUUGGCUCAAGAAAGCUUUUAGCAUGGAUGAGGAAGAGCGAGCGGCUUAUGAGGCACGCAGAGCUGUGCAAUACCAAGAGAGCUACUACAACGCGGAUCCACCAAAGUUUUUGGACGGAAGACGAGUGCGAUAAACCCCAAGGGCGGUUCUGUCGGAACGACGUACCUACUCUAUUCCUGGAUAUACUAGUAAGAAGGACGAAUUUGGUUCAUUGCCACAAAAAGAGAGCAAAGAAAAGCAAACGAAGAGCUACACAAUUAGAAAUGGCGAUAUCAUCCACUCGUUCUUACAGCGUCUUAUCAUUAUCAGCAAAAUCGAGCGAAAUUACUCUAGCAAGCGUUUUUCAUGCGAUACCCAAAAAGCGAAGCAUUGCUUGGAUCCAACCUUUUCUACAGUCUUUUCUCGAAAAAGCAAAUGCCCCAUUAUAUCUAUGCGCUUACUCAAGCGCACCUUGCACAUCAUUAUUUCAUCCUCACCUUUUUUUUUAAGGAUGUGGUGCCAUUAGCGAACUAGCGAUUUCCUAUACUACUAGUACUUUUGUAUAUGCCUACUCAUUUUCCCUUUUUUUAUUUUCCCUUUUUUUUUAAAAAAAACUUGGCUGCGUUAUCUCGGGCGUUUGAGUACCAUACCAUGGCGAUGAAUCUUUUACGCUAUCAACGUCAUUUUUUCGUCUAGGUUACCAUUCCUUUCAUUUUCUUUGUAUCCUUACUGGAGCUCAGCAUAUAUGGCAUUAAGUUAAGGGGAAGUAGGCGGUAUCUAGGUCACCAUUUUUGUAGGUUUUUUAUUUUCUAAGGAGAGAUUACACUAUAUGAGUUUAAUGGGAUUCCGAUGAGGUCCAAGACUCUUUCGAACUGAGCAAUACAAAUAUUUCGAAACGCUAUAAACUUUACUGGACUGUCAACUCUUCUGUUAUGGCGAUAUGCGCUUGUAUUUCCAGUUGUUUAUACGAGAUAAUCAAGACAUCGACC